AUGGAGAAGCAAGUUCAAUUGCACACGGAGGACACCCCUGGGGUUUUGCCCAGCUCCAGCGAGCAGAUCCUCGCGCUGUCGACAAAGGGCGCGACGUUCCUCAUGUUUGGACAGUUGUUCACAAAGCUCGUAUCCUUCGCGCUGAACAGUGUGCUUAUCAGACACUUGUCCCCGCGGAUCUUUGGGAUCACGUCCUUUCUGGAGUUUAUCCUUGGUACCACGUUGUUCUUUAGUAGAGAGGCCAUGAGAUUGUCCAUUCUGCGUAUCUCUUCAACGCAUAACAAUGAUGGCGAUGACGGUAACGGCGUCGGAGAUGAUCGCAAUAAGUGGGAAAAUCGUGACGCAGACCGCACGGUUCUGCAAACAGCGGUCAACUUCUCGCAUGUCGCCAUGUACAUCGGGAUCCCUCUGUCGUUGAUCUUGACGACGUGGCAGUACCGCAACAUUAACGAGUACUUUGUUCAACUACCGCACUUCACAAUGUCCAUCUGUAUAAUCUGGGCUGCAUGCAUCCUGGAGUUGAUGUGCGAGCCCUUCUUGGUCGUGACGCAGAUUGCCAUGGACUAUGCAAAACGGUCUAAGCUGGAGAGCAUUGCAGUGACGAUGGGCUGCGUGACCAAUUUCCUGAUCGUCAUAUACUGCGAAAACCACAAUGUAUUGCUGGAUGCAGAUGACGAGGUCACCAGAGAAAGUAUUGCAAUCCUGGCGUUUUCCCUAGGGAAGUUGGUCCACUCUUUGACUUUACUCGCAGGUUAUUUAGUCGACUUUUGGGCGAAUUGGAAACCCAAACAGUUGUUCCGUUUCAGACUAACCAGGAUCAAGUCUACAAACGUUAAGGAUUCGUACUAUUUUGACCCGAAGAUCAUGGAACACUUCAAAAAAGUGUACUUCCAGCUGUGCUUCAAGCAUUUACUCACAGAGGGCGAUAAACUGAUCAUCAAUUCAAUGUGUACUAUCGAGGAGCAAGGUAUCUACUCUCUGUUGUCUAACUACGGAUCGCUCAUUACACGGCUACUGUUCCACCCAAUUGAAGAGUCGCUCAGACUGUUCCUCGCAAGACUGCUUUCCACGGUGGCACCACAGGGUACUACUACCCACCUGAAGGCAUCACCUCAUCUGAAGCUGUCAAUGGUUGUGCUGACCAACCUCACCAAAUUCUACUUGUACCUAUCGCUCAUGAUUGUCGUAUUUGGCCCCUUGAACUCAUCGUUCGUGCUUCAGUUCCUUAUCGGAUCCAAAUGGUCCACCACUUCAGUGCUGGAUACUAUCAGAGUGUACUGUUUUUACCUCCCAUUCUUGGCCCUUAAUGGUAUCUUUGAGGCCUUUUUCCAAAGUGUCGCUUCAGGGGAUCAGAUCCUGAGACACUCUUACUUCAUGAUGACCUUCUCUAGUGUAUUCCUUCUCAGCUGCUGGUUCUUGAUAUCGCAACUGCACUGGUCCAUAAACGGCCUCAUCAUAAGCAAUAUUGUUAACAUGUCUCUCAGAAUAACGUACUGUUCCAUUUUCAUCGCGAAGUUUUACAACAAGCUACACAGCUCAACGAACACCACCGCACGAGACCUAAUAACGUUUAAUUUCUCCAAUUUGCUAGUUAUUUCAGCACUAGCGGCAACGAUCAGCAUCCUCAACUACUCUUUAAUUGGGAACGUAAAAAAUUUCCAGCAGUUCUUUACAAACGUCCUGUUCGCCAUUGUACUACUAUCGGCAAUCUUGCUAAAGGAGAGAGCAACAAUCAGACAGUUUUGGAACAAGAGGAAACUGGAAGAUAUCAAAAAUGUGUAA